ACCAACCCAGAUGAUACUACAGCUGGAGCUUCUGAAGCGCUUCCCAUGAAAUGACACAAAAGAGGCGCAGAGACGCCGCUUCGGUUCGGUUCGGCGGAACACACUGAUGUAAGUUAAAGCGCGUGUCAUGAGUGAAAGAGACCGAUGCUGUUUAUGUGCCACAAGUUUAUCCAGCUCACGCGGGCCUGAAGGAGAAGAUGUGGCCUUUAGCUGUCAGGCUAAAGUAGAAGCCCAUCAGCUGUUCGCCUCUCAGUGAGAUAAAGCGAUGUAGCUGGAUCUGAAGCCGCGGAAAGCGACGGACUUUAGCGACAGAAUGAAUCUGAGGAAGUCUCGGAGUCUCGGAGCUUCUUCUCCGCUCAACGGAUUCGGAAAACAAGAUGCUGAGUCCAGACGGAAGAGGAAGAUGGCGGAGAUCUCGCAGGCGCUGAACUCGACGCCCGUGGAUGUGGCCGCUCUGAGACGCAUGGCUAUCAGUGAAGGAGGUCUGCUGAACGACGAGAUCCGCCGCCAGGUGUGGCCCAGACUGCUCAACGUGUCUGUGGAAUACAUACCUGAGCAACUAGAGCCGGUCGAUAGAGACAAUAAUAAGGACUUCAACCAAGUGCUUCUAGAUGUUCAGAGAUCCCUCCGACGCUUCCCUCCAGGGAUGCCAGACGAGCAGCGGGAAGGCCUUCAGGAGGAGCUGACCGAUAUUAUCCUGCGGGUGCUGGUGAAAAACCCACAGCUGCACUAUUAUCAGGGUUACCAUGACAUCGUGGUGACCUUCCUGCUGGUGCUGGGGGAACGACUCGCCACUGCCCUGGUGGAGAAACUCUCCACUCACCACCUCAGGGACUUUAUGGACCCCACUAUGGACAACACCAAACACAUCCUGAACUACCUGAUGCCCAUAAUCGAGAGAGUCAACCCUGAAGUGUACGACUUCAUGCAGCAAGCCGAGGUCGGCACCAUUUUCGCCCUCAGCUGGCUCAUCACCUGGUUCGGACACGUGCUGUCAGAUUUCCGUCAUGUGGUUCGGUUGUAUGACUUCUUCCUGGCCUGCCAUCCCCUCAUGCCCAUCUACUUUGCUGCUGUGAUCGUGCUGCAUCGAGAGGAGGAGGUGUUGGACUGUGAGUGUGACAUGGCCAUGAUGCACCAUCUCCUGUCCCGCAUCCCAGAGGACCUGCCGUACGAGACGCUGAUCAGCCGCGCCGGAGAUCUGUUCGUCCAAUUCCCUCCGUCUGAGCUGGCCAGAGAGCGCAAUCAGCUGACGGCCGUCUCCACCUUCAAAGACUUCGAGCUGGCGUCGACGCAGCAGCGUCCGGACACAGUGCUCCGGCAGAGACGGAAAGAGCUGCAGCACGCACUGGAGGCGCAGCGAGGAAGCGGAGCAGUCGUCCAGCCCACGGCGCGCCGCUUCAUGCGUCUGGCGGUCAUGGGGUUGACUGUGGCGCUGGGGGCCGCCGCUUUAGCCGUGGUAAACUCUGCCCUGGAAUGGGCUCCGAAACUAGACUUACUCUUCCCGUGAAGGAGCCGAACCACAGCAUCUCGUUUUGAGGACUGAAUAUUGUUAUUUUGCCUUUUUUUUUUUUUUUUUAAGUAUUUAUACUUGUCAGACUAAUAAAUAAAAUAUUGUGCGGGUAGUUACUGUAAUUAAACAAGAUUUUUUUUUCCCCCAUUGAAUGAGGUGCGGAUAUUGAGCAAAGUAUAUCACUUUCUUCAGUAGACGAUAAAAAUGUUUCCUGUAUGUACAGUGGAGGUAUGUACACUUCACGCCUCAUAUAUGAAACACGAUCUGAGCACAUUUUUGUGUAUAUAGUUAAAAACUUUGUCUUUCACACAAAGAUGAAAUUUUGCUGCAAAUAUUCUCUCUCUCAGGCCAUCCAAGAUGUAGAUGGGUUUGUUUCUUCAUCAGAUUUGGAGAAAUGUAG